ACGGUUUUUUCUGUUGGCUUACCUGAUAAUUAAUUGGUUUUUGAAAAUUUGAAAUUGGAAUAACUUAACUUAGUGACAUUGCGGCCGUAUUGCGUUAUUGUAAUAUUUCUAUUUCGGAUAUGUCAUCAAUUGAUCAGGACUUAAAUAAUUUUCCAGAAAGUCAAAAAUCUUUAAAUAUAAGCGAUUUAUUUGGGUUUUCUGAUGCCCAGAAGAUAAUUGAAGGGAAACCACCAGAAAUAUUAGAAGAACCAAGUUUUCUACCUAACAGGGUUUUCAUUAAUCAUUUGGAUAGUUUCUUUGGCAGAGAAAUUACCCAGUUUCUCAGUGACCAAAAAUUUGGAGCAAAGCAAACUCCAAAAGAAGAUGAAGAUGAUGAGGAAGAUGAAGAAGAUGUGCUCAAGGAAGAGGAGAAAGAAGGAAUUGAAAAAUUGCAACCUAAAGAUCUCAACUAUGAGAUCAUUGGGACAGUGCAGGACCCAGAUUUUGAAAUUCCGGAAGACGUCAAGGAAAUAAUCAGGGAUCCUUCGGACAGGGAAUCAUUCAAGAAAAAGGUUUUAAGUUGUGGUUUCAUAAUUUUUGACAUCACAAGAAGUCCAGAUCGGAUUGAAGAACUAAUGACUGGUCUUGCAGUUGUCGAGGACUACCUGUCCAACAUGCGGAGCGCCACCCCGAAGGCCUACAAGAACCUGGCGGAGCAGCGAGUGUUUGUGCUGGUCUCCUCGGUGCUGACCUGGGCCCUCACCAAGCCCGUGGACCCGGAAGAACCAGACUCGCCGUUCAUAGAGAGCGACUACAGGAAGAGGAAGCCUCAUCCCAACUUCAGUCAGCACGCUGCCUUCGAGAAGGAACUGCUCAGAACUGGCAGAAAGAACGCGUCGAAGCUGAAGGCGCUGGUGGCGGCGGCGGGCGUCAUGUACGGCGGGCGGGAAGACGCGCUGCACUUCUUGUUCGAGAUGGCGUGGCUCGGCCAGGCCUCGCUGCCCGUGUUCGGGCCGGGCAGGAACAUCGUGCCACUCAUCCACGUCAAGGACCUGGCCAACAUAGUGUACAACAUCUUUGAAGAGUUUCCCGAGGAAAUACGAUAUCUGCUCGCUGUUGAGUCUCCUGUGGCAACCCUCAAUCAGAUCACUAGGGCGAUAAGCAAAACUCUUGGAACUGGAAAAACUAACAAUGUCUCAAUUGAAGAAGCAUUUCUCUUGCCACAAAUAACUCAACAGGUCUACGACAUGGUGACGCAGGACCGGAACAUGGAGCCCGUGUUUGUCUCGGAGAUGGGCUGGCUGUCGGAGAGGAGCUUCGUGGAGAACAUCCGGCAGGUGGUGGAGGAGUACAAGGAAGCCAGGGGUCUGAGGGGCCGUGACGUAGCCCGUGUGUGGCGAGGCCUGUUUCCCCCUGCAUCACUGAAAACCCCCGAGAAUGACGACAGGUGCAUGAAGUUGCUUCCUCUCGCAGCGCUCGCGACUCACUGCCCGUUCGUCCUCGCUCGGCAACUCUCGGGAAAGGGCGCAGCCCGGGGCGAUGUCAACGUGAUAGUGGCAGGGUCUUAUAAUUUUCUGUGCAUAAGUUUCAGUAAUAAGUGGUUUGAAAUCAAAAAUGUGUUUUUUGAGUGCUGGUGCUGUAACUCUCGUGCUGUCUUGCAGCCUGUGAAGAUAUUUGUGCACGGGCCGCCGGCGGUGGGCAAGACGGAGCUGUCUCGCAAGCUGUGCGCCCACUACAGGCUGCACCACCUGACGGUGGAGAGCGUGGUGGAGGCUGGCCUGAGGGACCUGGUGAGACGCGGCGACGCUGCAGGGAGAGACGCGUCUCGGGAGGCCAGGGAGGGACGCGGGCGUGGCGGUGGUCGCAGGAGGCCCGGCUGGAGCAGGCCGCCGCCCGGGAGCAGGCAGCAGCCGGAGGAGGAGGAGGAGGAAGCAGAGGACCGGGAGGAGCUGAGAGAGAGGCUGGACGCGGCGCGGGCGGGCGUGGAGAGGACCGGCCGUCCGGACGACGAGCUACUCUUACGUAAAGGAGCCAGCGGGUGCGUGCCCGUGGAAGCCGGGAAUGCAGGUUGUGUCCCGCCGCGCGCAAGGUUCCUGAGGGAGCGCCUGGCGUCCCACCCGUGCCAGAACCAGGGCUACGUCCUGGACGGCGUCCCGUGGACGACGGAGCAGGCGCGGGAGCUGUUCGCCCCCCCGGAGGACCAGGAGGGGGAGGAGGAGGAGGAGACUGCAGUGCCCUUCAGCAGGACGCUCAUGCCAGAGUACGCAGUGAGCCUGGAAGCAAGCGACGACUUCCUGUGGGAGCGAGUGGUAGACAUGCCGGAGAAACAGCUGCAGGCGUCACCGUACGCAGAGGAGAAGAUGGUCGUCAAGCUCUCCGAGUUCCGGCAGAACAAUACAGAAGAACUAACGGUAAUGAAUUUCUUUGAUGAAGCUGAAAUCCACUGCAUGAUUUACAAUAUUGAAAAAGACCAGAGCGAAUUCUUGGAGGCCACCUUUCAAGACAUCAUUGCCAAAAUCGGCAAACCUCGUAAUUAUGGACCAUCGGCUGAAGAGAGAGCACAAACGGAGCAGGAGACAGAAGAGAAGCGGAAAGCAGAGCAGCUGGAAAAAGAACAAGAGGAAGAAAGAAUCCAAAAGAAAAUCCAAGAGGAGGAGAUGGCGAAAAUGGAGGAAUGGGCAACGCUGCUGAACGCUCUCAAAGAGGAAGAGGCCACCGUGCUAGCAGUGCGGGGCAUCCCCAUGCGGGAGUUCCUGGUGAAGAACGUGUUCCCGGUGCUGACGAAGGGCCUUAUCGAGGUGGCUCGCACCCGCCCGUCCGAUCCCGUCGACUUCCUGGCUGUUUAUCUCUUCACGAAUAACCCAGAUGGCAAGAUGUUCCAAACGGAAUAUAUGAAGGCAAGUGUAAUGCAGAAAUAUUCAGGACAAUAGACAGCAUCAGUAGCAAGAACAUUCCAGAAAGUAAAAUGUGAUAAAAUAAAUAAUUUACUCUUUUAACCAUUGCAUCUGAAAUAACUCAGUAAAAAUAUGUGUGGAACACAAAUGUAAUGGGAAUAAAAUAUUGUAUUGUG